CGUGCAUCUAAAAUGGAGGUCGACAAGUCUGACGGUCCGUCAGUGACCAUCAGAGAAUCUGAGCGUGAUCACGUCAACUUCAUUCUCCGAGAUGUCGAUAUGGCCAUGGCCAACUCUGUGAGAAGAGUGAUGUUAGCAGAAGUGCCUACUUUGGCCAUCGACUUGGUGGAGAUCGAUGUCAACACUUCUGUGUUAGCAGACGAAUUCUUGUCGCAUCGUUUAGGUUUGGUUCCGCUUGUGUCCGAAGGUAUUGAGAAUUUGACGUAUUCCCGUGACUGUACUUGUGACAACUAUUGUCCCAAGUGCUCUGUUAGAUUAGAACUCACAGCCAAAUGUGAUACUGAUUCGACUAUGAAUGUUUAUGCUACAGAUUUGGCCAAGUUUCACAACGGUUCACGUUUGGGAGAUCCCGUCGUAAGAGAUGUUCAAAAGAGAGGCCCACUUAUCUGUAAAUUGAGAAAGCACCAGGAGUUAAGAUUGACUUGUAUAGCCAAGAAGGGUAUAGCCAAGGAACAUGCCAAAUGGUCUCCCUGUUCUGCCGUUGGGUUCGAAUACGAUCCUUGGAACAAGUUGAAACACACCGACUACUGGUACGAAGUCGAUGCUGACGAAGAAUGGCCCAAGUCUGAGAACUGCGAAUGGGAAGAAGUGCCAGAUCCAGAUGCUCCUUUUGACUACAAGGCUAAACCCACUAGUUAUUAUAUAGACGUGGAAACUGUGGGCAACUUGCCACCCAACGAAGUGGUAUUGCGUUCCAUAGAGACGUUGCAGAGAAAGCUUGCUGACAUCGCUAUCGAAUUGAACAAAGAGUCUGUAGAAGCCAGCAGCACUGCCAACAACGGAGGCUUAACUACUUAUGGAAGAUCCCAGUACGACAACGGUGGCGAUAGUCCAGGCAUGGGAAGGACUCCCUACGGUGGCGAUUCCGGCUUUGGCGGUGCCUCUUCCUGGAACGCAUAGUCUCUGUACAUUCACAUACUCACUGUGUAUGUCGAUUUCACUUCUACCACCGUUUAGUAGUUUCAACUGUUAAAUGUUUGUAUCAUUAGCUGUCUAUAAAUAAAAGUAAUACUC